UCUUGAGUCUUUCUGCUUUCCGGUUGCCAUCAGACUGUAGAAAUGGCGCAAGGCAAACAGAAAUUUAAAGCGCAGCGGGUCGGAGCGAAAAAGCACAUACAAAAGCCGAAAGGACUCAAGAAAGGAGGAAGGAUCAUCGCACCCAAAAAAGCACAAGUGGUCCAACAGCAGAAGCUGAAGAAGGGUUUGGAUGUGGCCAUCAGGAACAGGAUUGAACAUGAAGUCACACAGAAGGCCAGCUUGACUCUUCAUAAGAAACUGAGUGUGCUGAAAACCCCAGCGAGGAAAGGCGGGACACCCGGACAACCACAAUCAGCUCCUGGACCAUCGAAAUAACUUUUUGGUUUUUUUAAACUAAAUAACACGACAGAUAUCAGGCUAAUGAUGUCAUAUCCGUACGGCCGCUAGAUGACGCCAUAUAAAAACACAACUUCCCAUUGACUGAUACUGCACAACACACCAUGAUCCUUGAGAAAUGUAUUAUUUUUUUUAGAAUAAAAUAAUAAAAGAUUGUGAGCUUUCAUAAUAUAUUAUUUUGAACACA